AAUAAAAAUCUAUCAGAAAACUACAACUGAAAAUUGGAGUUGGAGCACAAGUACCGCGAUUCUGCUGAUAGAUACAGGCCUAUUUCCAACAGCAAACAUGUCCAUGGCAUCAUCUCAGCAAAGUUUCCUCACCAACGCCCUCAGCUCUCCACCGACCCACAAACCAAGGACAAAGAUUCUCUACCCAGUUAAAACAAUCUCAUGCAGAUACCCACCUCAUGACCACAACGACUCUCGAGGGAAGAGUGUGAACCAGUUGGGAAAGCUGGCCAUAGUAACACUGGCAGCUGGGGUGUUGACACUGGGCUCAGUUCAUGAUGCAUCUGCUGCCAAGAGUGGCGGAAGAGUUGGCGGCCAGGCUUUCCGGCCAUCGGCACCUCGGUCAGCCCCCAGAAUCAACAAUAAUUCUAGGACCAACAUUUACGUCAAUCCUCCAGUUGCACCGCCUUUAGUUGGUGGGUACGGUUAUGGUUAUGGUGUACCUUUCUACGGUGGCUGGGGUUGGUCACCAUUUUCUUUCUUUGCACCUGGUCCGAGUGUCGCCGUCGGCGUUGGAGGUGGAUUUGACAUUUUUGCUCUGUUUCUGUUUCUUGGUGCUAUAACUGCUGUUGCGAGCAGAUUCACCCGACGAAGAGAUGAAGAUGAUGAGUACUAGGGGCAGAGAAAUUGUUUUUUGAUGUUCGAAUAUAGUGAUAUGCAGAUGUUUCAGUUACGUGGGUACAAGCCUACAGGACGCUUCUAACUAGCCACCAUCUUAUGAUUUGAAUCAGUAUUCUGCAAUGUAAUUGUGCCAAAGAAAAGAGAAAAUCUUGUAAUACAACACACUUGUGAUGUGUAUUUGUAUAUCGUAUUCUAUGGAUUAAUUGUGCGGAUUAUGAAUCCAUGACAUCAGCAAGUGUUAAGUCCAA